CGAACAUCAUGCACGCGAGUCAGGGCCAACGUUGCCCUUCAGCGGCUUGACCCAAGCCCUUCAACACCCUGAGCAGAGGGAUCCUUCACCGGAAGCACAGCUGCCAGCGUCUGCUGAUGCAUCGGUCAUGGCAGAAGCAGGCUUCAGCAUCGGCCAGCGCGUCUUCGUGAGCAGCCGGUCUGGCGUGGUCCGCUUCUGCGGGGAGGCGGAGUUUGCUGGUGGCGUGUGGGUGGGCAUCGAGCUGGACGAGCCCGUCGGCAGGAAUGAUGGCACCGUCAAAGACGUGAGCUACUUCACCUGCCCGCCCAACCACGGGAUCUUUGUGCGUCCCACACAGGUCACCACCACCGCGGCGCCUUCGCCCAAACCGGCCAGCGCCAGCCCAAAGUCUCCGGCCUCGCCGCCGGCGCGGAGCUCUGCUUCUCCCUUCGCCAAGGCGGAGCCAAAGGCUGCGUCACCGGAAACCCCCAAGGCCAAGGCCAAGCCAAAGGCAGAGCCGGAACCAAAGCUGGAGGCAGUGCCCAAGGCAGAGGCUAAGGCAGAGCCUAAAGCAGCGCCCAAAGCCGAGCCCAAGGCAGCGCCACAGGCAGAGCCCAAAGCUGAGCCCAAGGCAGCGCCACAGGCAGAGCCCAAAGCUGAGCCCAAAGCUGAGCCCAAGGCAGCGCCACAGGCAGAGCUCAAAGCCGAGCCCAAGCCCAAAGCUGAGCCAAAGGCAGCGCCACAGGCAGAGCCCAAAGCUGAGCCCAAAGCCGAGCCCAAGGCAGCGCCACAGGCAGAGCCCAAAGCUGAGCCCAAGGCAGCGCCACAGGCAGAGCCCAAAGCUGAGCCCAAAGCUGAGCCCAAGGCAGCGCCACAGGCAGAGCCCAAAGCUGAGCCCAAGGCAGCGCCACAGGCAGAGCUGCCACCGGUGCAAAAGGAGCAAAAGCAGCCCGAGCCAAAGCCUACCUCGGCUGCUGCCAGCGAGCUGCCAGACAUGGCCAAGGUCCAGGAGGCUCUGGACCAGACCUUCGCCCCGCCCGCGCGGUCCACCACCGCGGAGAAGGCCCUGGCAGCUGCCGCCGCGUCCAAGGAGGCGGAGGCGCGCGCCAAGAAGCUGGCAGCGCAGCUGCAAGGUGAGGCUCAGGCCUUGCAGGCGGUGGAGCUUGGGCUUUCGGCGAUUGGUGUCGCGGAUCGCAAUACAUUUGCAGGCAUUGUGCGGGCUCACAAAGCGGCAAAGGAUCAGGGUCUGAGAUUCCUGCCGGGUGUGCGAUUGAUCACUCAGGGAGAGUGUUACCUCACGCUCCACGAUAUUGUGUCUUAUGGCGAUGGGCAGUGCUUCAUCACUAUGUAUGGCUUGGGCUUAACCGUCUUUACACAGGACGUCAUGACCUGUAUUCGCGAGCAUUGCACCAUUUAUGAGGCCGGCUUUCGUCUGGAGGCAAAUGCGGAACGUCAUUUGAAAGAUACAGCUGAAAUGGUUCGUGUCUUUCGGGGGUACGAAGAGGCGAUUUCAGAGACAGCGCGGAUUGUUGAGCGCUGCACAUUUUCGCUUGAUGAACUGGCCUAUGAAUAUCCCGACGAUGUGUUUGAUGACGCGCUGGCACCUCAGGCGCUGCUGGAAAAGCUGACCUGGGAGGGCGUGGCCGAAAAAUUUCCUGACGGCAUCACCGAUAAAUUACGGGAUACGCUGACGCGGGAGCUUGAACUUAUUCACCGUCUCAAGUUCGCGCCCUAUUUCUUGACGGUCUACGACAUUGUGCGCUUUGCGGAGUCGCACCACAUUCUCUGUCAGGGGCGCGGGUCGGCGGCGAACUCGGCUGUCUGCUAUUGCCUUGGUAUUACAGCAGUUAAUCCGGUCAAAGUAGAUCUGUUGUUUGAGCGGUUCAUCUCAGAAGAGCGCAAUGAACCGCCAGACAUUGACGUCGAUUUUGAACAUGAGCGGCGCGAGGAGGUCAUCCAAUACAUCUACCAGAAAUAUGGGCGGGACCGGGCAGGGCUUGCGGCGACGGUGAUUACCUAUCGUGCCCGAAGUGCUAUCCGCGAAGUGGGGAAAGCCAUGGGUCUUUCUGAAGAUGUGGUGGGUGCUAUGGCGCGGAUGACCUGGGGAUGGUCAUCAAAGGGCGUGGCCGCUGAUGAGGUGCGGCAGGCCGGGCUUGAUCCGGAUGAUCCGCUGAUUGCGAUGGCUCUUUCUCUUGCAGGAGAGUUGAUCGGGUUUCCACGGCAUCUCUCUCAACAUGUUGGCGGGUUUGUCAUUACGCGCGGGGCUCUGGAAGAAGUGGUGCCAAUCCAGAACGCAGCGAUGGAAGAUCGUACUAUUGUAGAGUGGGAUAAGGAUGACCUUGAUACACUGGGCAUUUUGAAGAUUGAUGUGCUGGCGCUUGGCAUGUUGUCCUGCAUCCGCAAAGCAUUUGAUCUUCUGGAAACCCAUUACGGUAUUCGUCAUGGGUUACGCACGGUGCCGGAAGAUGAUCCGGCGGUCUAUGACAUGCUGUGUCAGGCAGACUCAGUUGGUGUCUUCCAGGUAGAAAGCCGGGCACAAAUGUCCAUGCUACCGAGGCUCAAGCCCCGAACCUUUUAUGACCUGGUGGUGGAGGUCGCGAUUGUACGGCCCGGGCCCAUUCAAGGGGAUAUGGUGCAUCCUUAUCUCCGGCGGCGAAAUGGCGAGGAGCCCGUCGAUUUUCCUUCCGAUGAGUUACGCGAAGUGUUGGGCAAGACUAUGGGGGUACCGCUCUUUCAGGAGCAGGCCAUGAAAAUUGCGAUUGUGGCUGCCGGGUUUACACCGCCGGAAGCAGACGGCUUGCGCCGUGCGAUGGCUACCUUCCGGCGGAAUGGCACGAUCUAUGAUUUUGAGCACAAGUUUAUCGGCGGCAUGGUGGCGCGGGGCUAUGAGCAGGAUUUUUCGGAACGCUGUUUCAAACAGAUUGAAGGCUUUGGCGAUUAUGGUUUUCCGGAAAGCCAUGCGGCCUCUUUUGCUCUGCUCGUCUAUGUGUCGGCCUGGCUGAAGUGCCAUUACCCAGACGUGUUUUGUGCGGCGAUCCUCAAUUCCCAGCCUAUGGGUUUUUAUGCUCCCGCCCAAUUGGUGCGAGAUGCGAAGGAGCAUGGUGUGGAGGUGGUGCCCGCAGAUGUGAAUGCAUCUGACUGGGACUCAACGCUGGAGCCUUUGGGAGAGGCAGCAGAACUUGUCGAGGACAAGCGGCUUCGUGGGUAUGACUCUGUUCGUGAUCUCUGGCUCCGAACCGGUCUUACGCCACGGGUCAUUGAGAUUCUGGCGAAUGCGGAUGCGUUUCGCUCAAUCGGUCUGGAACGUCGCGAUGCACUUUGGGGUGUGCGCGGCCUUGGUGGGUGGGGGCAGCAUAAGAAGGGUCAGAACGGGAAGGCGCCCGCGGCGCUUCCGCUCUUUGAGCAUCUGGAGCAGGCGGGUUUUCAGGAAGAACCAGACGUGCACUUGCCUGCUAUGCCUCUCGGGGAACAGGUGGUGCAUGAUUAUGCCACCAUGCGACUGUCUUUAAAGGCGCACCCGGUUUCUUUCUUACGCUCUAGUCUGGAUGCGCGACGGGUUGUGACAAAUGCCCGGCUGGAUGAUGAAGCUAUUCGUGAUGGCACGCGGGUUAAUCUCGCGGGGCUUGUCCUUGUGCGUCAGCGGCCGGGCACGGCGAGUGGGGUGAUUUUUGCGACAUUGGAAGAUGAGACGGGGGUUGCGAACAUCAUCAUCUGGCCGAAGAUUUUUGAGCGGUAUCGACGCACGGUUUUGCAGUCGCGUUUCCUUGCCGUGCGCGGUCGGGUGCAGAAAGCGGAAGGCGUGAUCCAUGUCGUCUCCGACUGGCUGGAGGAUUGGACACACGAAUUGGCAGGUCUUACGGACGGACAAUAUGAGAUCGGGGACAAUGGUCUUGCCCAUGCAGAUGAGGUAAAGCGGCCGGGAGAAGAUCCGCGCACACGCUCACUGCAGAAGCUUUAUGAACGGCAGCUUCGGGCAGCGCGACUGAUGCCAAAAAGUCGGGAUUUUCACUAG